AUGGAUGACAAACUAGCAACAAUUCGAGACUUGUUUUUCGAGAUCGACACAAUCCAUUCCUGUAGCCCAUCCUCGUUUGUUGCAUUAAGUGCCAUACAAAAUUUGAUUGAUGAUAUAAUUCAUAAGUUGAGGUCAGUGCGAAAACUAAUGAACGAAGCAACAUCUCAGUCGCAAUUAUCGUCCCCAAAUUUUGUUUAUGGAAACGGCUCACAGAUUUCGCCGUAUUAUUCGAAAAUAACACUGAUACCUCAAACUUCAAAACGGUUAAUAACGGAAGUAAUCUUGAAUGCGGAAGGAAAUGAAAAUCCGACCGAUUUGGCACGAAAAGCUUACAGCGAUGAAAAUUAUGCGAAAUGCAUUCGAAUUAUUGAGAAGUUUAUCGCUGAAGGUGAUCAAAAAAUUGAUUGCGAAAUUUUGAAUCUUUGUCAUAAUUCAUACAAAAAAAUUGUGGAUGAACUGUCAACAGAAAAGGAGCAAAUAAAAUUAUGUGAAUGGUGGCGACUCUUCCUUGAUAAUGUUAUCCUAAGCGAAAUAUCGAAUAGCACCAUGCUUCAUCUUCACGAUUGCCGUAUUCAAUGUCUUGAAAAGCGAAAGAAGCUCGACUUGGUACCGCUUUAUAUAGAAGAAGGAUUAGAAUUCAUACGGUAUGCUCUCAACGAUGCGAAACUUGAUGCAUUGAAGUAUAGCGAAAAAAUAUAUGAUUCGACUUAUUAUGAGAAUAAUACAAACAACAAUCAGCCCUGUUUUCACUGUAAACCUGGUGACAACACUAAUGGAAGUAGUGAAAUGGAUGAACUAGUACGCCACGAAGCAAAUGAUCAUGAAAAUCAGUUGAAUGAAAUAGUCAAAAGUACGAAAUUUCGACAGCAAAGAAACUGCAUUAUCACCAGAUUUUAA